UUUCAUCGAAUUCAAUUAUUUCGUAUUUGAUAAACUGGAAAGAAAAGACGUAAAUUGGAUUUAUUGGAGUCCGAAAAUACAAAAGAGUUUAAAUUUUUAUUGUUGUCAACCAGAAAAGCAAAUAUCUUUGAAAUAAAAAGUCAAUUGUUGGAUAAAAAAGCUAUUUCAACAUGAAAUUAUUCGUUUUCGCCGUCGUUCUUUUGAGCGCCACCCAAAUCCGGGCUGAGGAGUCCACAGCUCAAUACUGUCAAGCCAAAGACGUUCUCACGGAAGGUCAAAAACGCCUCCAAUGUAUGUCAUCUCGCGUCGCUGGUUUCGAAAAGGACAACGAUCUCGGACAAAAACUCGUCAACUAUGCCUGGGAUCAAAUUGCCGCCUCAUACGAUCACCUCUUGUUGUCCGUGAACUUUGAUACCUACACCAAAGAUCGUCCAGGCUUUGAAAAAUUGUACCGUGGAUUGUCCGAUGCCGCAUGGAACAAAGCUCUUGAGGUCAUCAAGUACGUUGCUCUUCGUGGUGGCAAACCUGACGUGUCUGUUAUUCAAGAAAAUGUUUCGGGCAAGACCGUUCAAGCAUCCGUCUCGGAAUUGGCCUCGUUGAAGGAAGCUGUCAAAAUUGAGAAAUUGCUUUCGCAACACGCCCACAACAUCCACAAUGAAGUCCAAUCGCACCAUAAACUCGAGAAGAACCAACUUGACGCUGGCAUGGCUCACUUUGUCGAAGAGGAACUCAUUGAGCAACAAACUGAGAAUAUCCGCAAACUCGUUGGCUUACAUAACGAUUUCCAGACCCUCUUGAAUGGAGAGCCCGAAUGCAUUUCCAACAAAAACACGCAAUUGGCUUGCUUCUUGUUUGACGAGUACCUCCAAAAAUAAGCACUUUUAGCACGUAAAAUGGACUGAUUGAUACUCUGAUAUUCCUAAAAACUAAAAUUUUCUGUUGCUAUCCAAACUUUUUUCGAUAAUUACUUCAAUUCUCUUCUAAAAUCCAUUAUCAAAAAUGUUCAAUAAAUAAAAUUAUCUGUUUAGACAUCAAAUAGUAUUGUUUGCUCCCCCUGAUUAAUUGACAUACGAUGACUCUCCAUUCUAGCAAUAAGCAAAAAAAAAAUACUUGUAGAAUUAAUAAAAAUUUAUAUAGAUGAAAAAGAAAGAAAGAAAUAAAAAUUGUGAUCAUAUAAAAGUA